AUGAUAUCACCUGGUGUUCUGCGUUGUCUGGCAACCCCAUGCAGUCCGUUUAACGAUUCCGGUAGUAUUCUAGUCCUUGUACUUCCUUCGGGUGGCAUGGCAGCUAAACACCAAGAGGAUACUAUAGCUGUACGAUACAAUAACGAUCUGUGUAUCAAUACCUCACCUAAACUGCGCGAGAGAUAG